AUGGAGCGAAGAGCCCCGCGGGUACUCAGUCGGUGUUCGUGUCGACAAAAUAUACACACACAAACACGUGUAUUUAUUUUCUUUUCUCUUUUCUUUUCUUUCUUUCCUUUUUUCUUUUCUCUUCUUUUCUUUCUUUAUUUCUUUCUUUCUGUGUCCAUAGUUUUUUUUUCUUUCCUUAUCUAUAUUCUUGCUGCUUUUUCUUUUAGCUUUUCUUCUUUCUCGUUCUUUGUAUAUCGUCGUUCCUUCGCUCAUCAGAGCAUUCUUUCUCUAUGUCUUUUAUAUUCUUUCUUUAACAUUGUUCCUUUUUUCUUCCGCCACCCAAAUUCUUUUUUUUUUCUUCUUAAACUUUAUACUUUUUUUUUAUCUUUCUUUAUAGUUUUCUUUGUCUUUUUUCCUUCUUUUCACACAAUAUUUUUCCGUCUUUCUUCCCUUAUAUUCUUACUGCCCAGUCUUACUUUCUUUUUAGUCGUUUUCUUUCUUUCUUUCUUUCAUUCUUUUUUCUUUCUUUCUUUCAUUAAAUCUAUUCUUUCUUUCUUGCUUUCUUUCUUUAAAUCUAUUUAUCUUUCGUCAUUCAUCAUUGUUCUUGAUAAUCGUAUUUUUUUUCUUUUUUCAUUCUUUAUAGCUGUUCUUUCUUUCUUUAUUCCUUCUUCCACAUAUUCUUUCUUUCUUUCUUUCUUUCUUUCUUUCUUUCUUUCUUUCUUCCUUCCUUCCAGCAACGUAUUCUUCCUUUCCUUCGCUCAACAAAAUAGUCUGCUAUCUAUCUAUCUAUCCUACUCUAUUUAUAUCUCAGCCUAUUCAUAUCUAUCUAUCUAUCUAUCUAUCUAUCUAUCUAUCUAUCUAUCUCAGUCAACUCAUAUCUAUCUAUAUGUCUACUCAUAUCUAUCUCAGUCUACACCUUCCUAUCUAUCUAUCUAUCUAUCUAUCUAUCUAUCUAUCUAUCUAUCUUCAUAUUUAUCUAUUCAUCUGUUGUCUGUUCAUAUCUAUCUAUCUAUCUAUCUAUUCAUCUAUCUAUCUUCAUAUUUAUCUAUUCAUCUGUUGUCUGUUCAUUCAUUCAUCCAUCUAUCUAUCUAUCUAUCUAUCUAUUCAUCUAUCUAUCUAUCUAUCUAUCUAUCUAUCUAUUCAUCUAUCUAUCUAUCUAUCCCACUCAAAUCUAUCUAUUCAUCUGUUGUCUCUACUCAUCUAUCUAUCUUCUAUCUAUCUAUCCUAUCUAUCUAUCUAUCUAUCUAUCUCAUCUAUCUAUCUUAG